GUCUGUUUCGAGGUUGAAUGUGUAAAACCUUGGGUAGAAAUCUUUGUGAUUUAGUCGGCACACACUCAUCUGUUCAGAUGUUUACCCGUUAAGCCGAACUGUUCAUUCAGAGGUGUUUUAGGGUGGGUUGGCCCUGUGCAUUUUCACAGAGUGCACACUGUCCGGACAGUCCUGCACACACCUAACCCCACCUCUUCUCUCACCGCCUUACCUCAGGACCUUUCUCCCUUUACAGCCCUCCUGUAUUCCUCUUUUCCUCCCCUCCUGGGUCAGCUACUUGCUGGAAGCUCCGGCCCGAGGCGUUUUGAAGACGCUCAACUGUUGCAGUUGCCAUGAUUCACAGCAGCGUCUGCAGGGUUGUCCUGGUCCUCUUCAGCCUCCUGUCAGUUCUUGCACACACAGAGACAGUGUUGGACCCUGCCUUAUCCAGCAGGGACCACCAGGAUGCCAUGUCUGGAGAUCCACCAGUGUGGAUCACUGAAGUUACAACCAAGAGCCAUUUCCUGGACAACCCAGGGGAGACCUACACCUUUGAUUUUGAAGACCCCACGCAGCCUCCGAUCCUGGACGAAGACGAAGGAGUUCUGGGACCGGGUGCCAUCACUGCCAUAGUUGUUGCAGUCUUCCUGGGAGCGUCAGUCCUCCUCGCACUCAUCGUCAUCACAAUCAGGAAAUUCACAGCCUCCUAGAGGGAAAGAAAGCAUCUCCCUUUUUGUAUGCGUGUGUGUAUGUGUGUUUGUAUUGCAUGAGUGUUUGUGUCUCUGUCUUUUGUCUUUCUCAUCAAACCCUGAGCUCGCCCCCUCGUAUUUCGUUUUGAGAUGAGAUGCUUUGUGCCCUGAAAGCUAGAAAUUGUGGCAGGUCCGUUAACUAAAAAUAAAACACCCCAGUUGCUUCUCGGCGUGGAUGAAUCAUAAAUACUGGCUGGCUCUACCAGUGCUUAUCGCAAGAUGGUGCGUUUGUCGGUUGUGCUCUUUUUACUUUUCUUGUAAUUAUACUCAUAAAAGUGUCUUAAUUGUUGUCCAUAACGUCUUACAUCUUUUUUCACUUACAGUGUCUUGAAAUGAACACUGCUUUGCUUAGUUCUUUGGGUUUCACAGGACCUUUGUGGCAGCAAACACAAAAACUCAGAACAAGUUUAGACAUUUCUGUCCUUUGGAAACAUCUGGGGAGUUAAGAAAAAGAAGAGAACAUUUCUUUUAAUCCUUUUAGGACAUAGAAAUUGUGGACUGGAUGUUUCCGUAGAAUAAAUAUAAAGUCAGACUUUGGAUGAAUGUUGUGUUCAAAUUUAACUCCAUAACCUGGUAUUUUUUUCUAUUUGUCUCAGAGUUUCUAGCCAACCAUUUAGAUGCCACCUACUUAUUUUUCAUUGGAUAUAUAAAAACAAUGAAAUAUUUUGACUGGUGAGUGUGUAUUUUUUUUUUUUUUUUUACAUAUCACAAGUGAAUAUCAACAAUUCUAGAGAAUGUUUUGUAUUUUUUUGAUUAUUCCUAUUUGUUUUAAUUCAAUUAAAUGUAUUUCAAGUAAACCCAGAUGUCACAGCAUUAUAAACACAAGUACAUUUUAAGUAAAGUAGCAAGAUAAGAAGUAAAAUGAGUAAAACACUAAAUCAUUUUUAAAAAGUUUUUUUAAGUAAUAAUGGCAGAAGACAAAAGUGAACCAAGCACACACUAGUUUUACCGUGAAUUACUGCACCUGUGAAUUGUAGGAAUACAAUAACAGAAGGUAGUCGCAAUUAUAGCAAAACUAUUAAUAAUAAUUAUAGAUUACUUUAUAAUUCAAAUGCACUUUUUACCGAAACAAACCAUAAAACAAAGAUAUUGAGUAAUGUGCAAUAUACAAAAAGUUGUUCUAAUAUUCAGUUUCACAAAAAUAGUAUGUGUCUUUACGACUGUCCAUAGAAAUAGCUUUAUUUAUUUAUUUAUUUAUUUUUUGGUUCAAUACAACUUAUUUAUUUAACACCUAUUUAUAACAUGCGUCAUAUCAUUGAAUUUUGUAAAGCAAACUGCUCCAACUGAUUUCCAAUUAUCCAGAAAUAUAGGGAUAAAUGCAAAUAUAGUCCAGUCAAAUUCAGUCUGUUUGAUUGUCCAAUAUGAAAUAAGUCAAGAAAUGCAAAAAAAUAUCAAUCUGAAAGAAAAGUGGACAAAAUGAAGCACUUGUCGGUCAGAAUUUGGAUUAAUAAA